AUGGCAGGUCGAGGGCAUGAGGAUUUGAGAAGGGUGGUGGAGAUGCUGCGUCUAGAUCGCAUGGAGGAGCAGUUCCGGCUGCUGCGCGCCAGCACCCUGCUUGCGGAGCUCCGGUCCGCCGUCUCGCUCGUCCAGACCCACGACACGGUCUCCAGCGGGUCCAGCAGCAGCCUGAAGCUCAUCUUCUGCGUCCGGUCUCUGGCCGCUCCGUUGCGCGACCUGCUGGAAGCAGUGCUGCAGCACACGGAGGUGGGAGCCCGGGUGCGAAGAGCGGCAGGAGAGGAAUGGCGUCAGGUGCCUGCCGUCCUGUACAGGUACCUCGUUUUCCGCUCGGCCACGAUUCGGGAUCUCCGGCAGUUCCUGCGCAAGUUCAGGUCGUUGGUGACGUACAUGCAGCAGGAGCACCACCCUCCUCGCCGCCUAGUCAGAUACGGCGGCGGCGACCACGACGGCAGCUCCCUCUCCCUGUACAGCACGGCGGCCCUUGCUCGUAACAGGGAUGGCCUCCGAGAGCCAAUGGUGGGGAGAUCGGAGCUGCUGGAGAAGAUGGUUGGCACAUUGCUCAGCGACAGGACUGGCUACCGUGCGCUGCUGAUGGUGCCCAUCGUCGGGGGUCCUGGUGUUGGGAAGACCCGCAUCGCCAAGGCCAUCCUGGACGAUGCCAGGAUCAAGCACAGGUUCCCCGUACGCCUCGUGGUGCCAGUCGCGCAGGACUCGUGCCUCGAAAGGAUCCUCAUGCUCAUGGUCUCCCCGGACCGGCGGGCGGACGUCACCUACUCUCUAGAAACUAUGGCGAAGCACAUUGACCGCAAGCUAAGCGGGGGGAGCUACCUGAUUGUUCUGGAUGACGUGUGGAGUGACAACGAAGGCAAGUGGCAGGAAAUAGGCACCGUGGUGAACACCAUGCCUUCCAAUGGCGUCCUGGUCCUCACCACCCGGACCCCCGAUAUCGCAUCCAAGCUUGCCACCAUGGCAGACAUCCCUUAUACCAUCAAGCCCUUCUACCUGCAUCCUCUGGGACAGGAGUUCUCCUCCUCCUUCGUCGACAGAUGGAUAGCUACUUGCCAUGGUGAUUGGCAUGCUGAUGAGCUCGUCAGGAAAAUUGGUACCAAGAUCGCUGCCAAAUGCUGCGGCGUGCCCCUGCUGUUGGACUGUGCACGCAGAGUUUUCUGCCAACCCCUGGAUCUGCAAUUCUGGCAAGGAUUAUUUCUCCAGGACGACAUAGGCGGCGACAAUAGGAUUAUUCAUCCAGACAUGUUCCAGCAGGAGCUACCGUUGUGCAUUGACCUCCUUCCAUCUGACAAGUUCUGGCAGCGAUUCCUGGCGCAUUAUUCUCGUGAUGAAUUCUUCCCGGAUGGAAAUGUACUCUUACAGAGUGCUUCUGCUAGCUACCAACAUCUCCCAGCUGACCUGCAGAGCUGCUUCUUGUAUUGCUCAGUCUUCCCUUCAGACUACGACUUUGAUGUCGAAGAGUUGGCGGAUCUUUUAGCAGCUGAUGGAAACAUACCACCUGUUGUAGCGAAAGCCCAACGGAAAGGAUUCCUGCAGCAGCUCCUAGACGAGUGCUUCUACCCGAUGCAUGGACAUGAAUAUGGAGACAAGCAUACGUUUAGGAUGCACAAGGUGCUGCACAUCUUUGCACAAAACAUGGAUAGGCGAUUCAGCUCAAUUCUAAGGGUUCACCAUGCAAAUCAGGUCACUGAUCCUAAAGUUGAAGCUCAAAGUACUAUUCGACGUAGCUCGUUAAUUGUUCACCCUUUGGCUGCAUCAUUUCCUAGAAGCUUGCUUGCAUGCAAAGAUUUAAGAGCACUGAUACUUCUUCAACAAGGACCAAUGUGCCCACCUGACCAGCUGCGAUGUGAGAUCACUGAGAUACCUCAAGAAUUUCUACAGUCAUUUAAGAGUAUGCAUACCUUGAGUCUCAUAGCUACUAAGAUCAGGAUUCUACCUGCUAAAUUUAUUCAGCCCCACCACAUGAAAUAUCUCAACCUUUCACAAACAGAUAUUGAAAACAUCCCCAGUGCAAUCUCCAGGUUUCCGUUUCUUCAAACACUCAUACUUUCAUACUGUGAUAAACUCCAAAAACUGCAUCCCAACACAACCAAACUGACACUUUUACAGAAGCUGGACCUUGAAGGCUGUUGCAAUCUUAUUGAACUGCCUCGAGACAUGAGUAAAAUGAAGAGCCUUGAAUAUCUAAAUGUUACAGAGUGCUCAUCGCUCACUCAACUGCCGUGUGGGAUGGGCCAACUGAAAAGCCUUCAAAUGUUAUUGGGUUACAUUGUGUCCUACACUGAUGGAAGUUCAAUGUCAGAGUUGCAACCAUUGGCAAACCUCCAUAGGUUAAGUCUGCAAAGCUUAGAAAAGGUUUCAGAUCUUUUUGAUGUAAGGGAUGCAAUGCUGCAAAACAAAACAAAGCUCGAGUCGUUUUCAAUCCGGUGGAAUAUGGAUGGCACAAAUAACACUACACUAGCUUAUGCAGUACUUGAAUCUCUCCGACCUCACCGAUGUCUUAAAGCACUGGAGAUCGUUGCGUAUGAAGGGAACUAUCUUCCAUCCUGGAUGACAAGCACUGAACCAUAUCUCGAGUUCCUUGUGGAGGUGAAGCUAAUUAAUUUGAGGUCAUGUGAAACACUAUUGCCUUCACUGGGAUUACUACCAUGUCUGAAGAUUGCUGAGAUAAGUGGAGCUGAAACUGUCUGCAGUGUCAGUGCAAAUAUCUAUGGCCACAGAGGCGCAUUUCGUUCGUUGGAGAAACUAACUUUCUCUUAUAUGCAUAACCUUGAAGUCUGGGAGCAGGCGCAGUGGUCAGGUAUGUUUCCACGUCUUGCAGAAUUGGCAAUCAUCCAAUGCCCCAAAAUGAGAGCAUUGCACAUGGAGCUCCCAUCACUUGAAAAGUUGAUCCUUUGGAUGAACAACAAGGUGCUGUAUAACCAGAAAGGAACCUUGCAAGGUGUGGCUAAGACCCUGGAGCACAUAUCGAUUUCCUUCGGCGAAGAGCUGCUAGCUUCUUCGGGCUGCGAGGCCCUGCAGGAUCUUGAUGAGCUCACAAAGCUGGAGAUAUGUGGGUGUGAAGAGCUGACGUGUCUUCGACAGGGUUUGCAGCGUCUUUCAUCCAUGAGAAGCUUGACGAUUGACAACUGCAGAAGACUGGAGGCAUUACCAGAUUGGCUGGAGAACCUACCUUCUCUUCAAAUCAUACGCUUGUCAGGCUGUCCUCUGUUGCAUUACAUUCCUAGAGGGUUGCAACAACGUCCUGGUGUCAUUAUAUAUGUUGAGGACUGCCCCAAUUUAAUACAAGAUCAUCUUCCCAAUUUCUCAGCACAAUCAUCAGGAGAACCUGUUGGUGCUCGAGUCAACAAGGGGAAAGAAAUCGUCCAAGAUUAG